AUGUUCUCCACACUCUGGGAAUUCACUGCGGGCGGCUCAAGAAAUUCGAUUGCCAACAAGUGCAAGAGCGAAGAACACCUGACACAAUUGCACAGACAACUGAUGGAGCAUCUGAACUUCCUUUGUCUCCGUGGUGGGACAGAACGAACCCAUAUGUUUUUUUUAUCUUCAGUGAAAGGCGUUUACAGACCCACAAAUGUGCCUCAGCGCGAAAAACCCGUGUGGCUUACCGCUUUCGCUGCCACAUGUACAUUCAUUUGUUUCUUUGUUUGGCAUUUGUGUUUUCCUUCUCCUCAGAGGGUCUUCCGGGGCUGCCGGAUCCGUAGGCGCCUCCGUCAUACGAUGGAGGGAGUGCGUAGCUUGACCGGCGGCACAGUUGAAGCGAUGCAAGAAGUGGAUAUCUCUGAACUCAGUUUCCUGGACUCCUUCCAGUCUGAUGAUUGCUCUGACCUCUUCACCUUGUCUCUGCCUAUGUCAUCCUUCUACUUUCUCCACGAUGUGGCUUUUCCCGUGCACCCUAUCGUCUCCCCGUGCUCCACAGAGCAUCCAUUUCCUCAGCGAAUUUCGCAGGUCUCCCGUCGGAAAAAACUACCCCUGUCUAGGGAAGGCCUUCCUGAAGGAUGCCCGUCUGUGGAAGGCAAAGCAUUUUCCUCUGUGCCCUCUGUUCCACCUCCAUCGUGCUUGUCACCGGCAACAGAACCCCGUCUGCCGACGCCAUCUCCAUCCAUCCCUCCCCCCAUCAAGAAAGGCUUGGAGCCCAAUGGGCCUGCAAGUGUCAAGGCGCCGCCCUCCCCUCCAGAAGGCCACGCCGAAGGCGAAGGCGACCGGGCGGAAGAAGGGAGAAGAAGGGCCGAGACGACCGGGGAGAAGGAGGAAAGAAGAUCAAGAAACGAUGUGUCUGAGAAACGCGACUCAGGCACCACUUCUUCUUUACAACUUUUGGUUGCCCCACCAACGCGCAAGGCCUAUUCUUCCGUGGGUAGCCCUGGCGACGGUGCUGCUGUCACCUUGAAGAAGAUGGAAAUCAAGCCUCAUGCACCAUCAGUCUCGAGCAAACUGCAAGCACUUCGUGGCGAAAAUAGUCUUGGUUCUUCUCCAUCCCGCAUUGACGCCAGGUUACGAUUCCGCAGUGAACCGAUAGUUGAGGACCAAGGGGGUUCGCAGAAAGUAUCUGAAAGCAACGUGUUGGACGGGACCAGCACGUUCACAGAUCACCGCUGUCUCUCGCCACUGACGAGAGAAAAACGAGACAACUUUGCGCGGUUCGGCCAUGAGCAUCAGCGAGACAAAAAGCCUUUUCAAGCGAGGGAAGCGGGAGUAGCGGGUAUGGAAAGUCUUCUUGACCGGCUGCGUACAGUCCAGGAAAUCAGACCCCACGCUGCAGAGGCGGCUGCCUCACUUGCCAUUUCUGGAGAAGUCGAGAUCGGGAAGCGUGUGAGCUUUCGUAGAAGUGGACGCGAGGGAGACAUCAACGCGCUUGAGUUGAUGUCGACACACAAGACCAGCUCGCAUAACAUUGCCCAAUCGCCGCUGAACUGCGACCGACAAGAUGACAGAAAUAUCCGAGACAUUCGGGAGCAAUUGGCGGCUGUGCGCGACCAGCUGCAACGCUUGCCUAAGACUCGCAAGGCACAGAACGCUGUGGCGAGAUGGAAACUCGUGCAAGAGCUGCAAACUCUGGAGGAGCAAGAGAAACUGCUCAUGGAGCGAAGUUUGUCCGGGGGAGUACGCUGA